AUGCACUGGGAGGAGGAUGGGAUGUGCUGUAGAGCUGAUCCUGGUCGAGCUGCAGGGGGAGCACGGGUGAUCAGGAGGUGUAAAAUGAGCUCAGUAAUUGCAGCUGUGGCCGGAACGGGCUGCAGGGGGAUGCGCCUGCAUUCGCACCUUCAGAGUGGUUUUGUGCAAACGCUGGAAUUCACCCUUUCUGCUUAUGAUAACGUCAACAAAGUUCGAGUUGCUAUAAAGAAAAUCAGUCCUUUUGAGCAUCAGACAUACUGCCAGAGAACUCUGAGAGAGAUCAAGAUCCUACUGCGCUUCAGGCAUGAGAAUAUUAUUGGAAUAAAUGACAUUAUCAGAGCUCCAACUAUUGAACAGAUGAAAGAUGUAUACAUUGUGCAAGAUCUUAUGGAGACAGAUCUUUACAAGCUCUUAAAGACUCAACACCUCAGCAACGACCACAUUUGUUACUUCCUUUACCAGAUUCUGAGAGGGUUAAAAUAUAUCCAUUCAGCCAAUGUGCUUCACCGUGACCUCAAACCUUCAAAUCUGCUGCUUAACACCACGUGUGAUCUCAAGAUUUGUGACUUUGGAUUGGCUCGCGUUGCAGAUCCCGAUCAUGAUCACACAGGAUUCCUGACAGAGUAUGUGGCCACACGUUGGUACAGGGCUCCUGAAAUCAUGCUGAAUUCUAAGGGUUACACCAAGUCUAUUGACAUCUGGUCAGUGGGCUGCAUUCUGGCAGAGAUGCUCUCCAACAGACCCAUCUUCCCAGGAAAACACUACCUUGACCAACUUAACCAUAUCCUUGGUAUACUUGGAUCCCCUUCCCAAGAAGAUUUGAAUUGUAUAAUAAAUUUAAAGGCCAGAAACUACUUGCUUUCCCUACCACACAAAAAUAAGGUACCAUGGAACAGGCUGUUUCCAAAUGCUGACCCCAAAGCACUUGAUUUGUUGGAUAAAAUGUUGACCUUUAAUCCUCAUAAGCGGAUUGAAGUGGAGCAAGCUUUAGCCCAUCCAUAUCUGGAGCAGUAUUAUGAUCCAAGUGAUGAGCCUGUAGCUGAAGCACCCUUCAAGUUUGAUAUGGAGUUGGAUGACUUGCCGAAGGAAAAGCUGAAAGAAUUGAUUUUUGAGGAAACUGCGAGAUUCCAGCCAGGAUACCGAUCUUAAAUCGUGCAUAGGACAAGGACUUAAAGGACUGGGCAUGCUCAAACGUUGCUGUUCCCCUUCCCAGUUCUUUAUUGUUGGUCAUGUCUUGUGGCCUCUCUCAGCUUAUCCACUAACUCCUUUGAGCCAUUCAGGAGGGCGGUUCCUGGUAGUUUUGGCUUUUCAUGCUUUCAAUGAAUCUUUUAAGCCUGAAGAAUUGUAAUUGACACUCCUAUGCGUAAUGCCCAUUGUUGACCUGUUGCAGUACUGUACUGUACGUGCACCUACUGCUGCCCGUGUUUUAACUGCUUGCUUUCUGCUUUGAAAGAUGCAGUGGUUCCUUUCACUCCUGGAUCAGUAUCCAAGAAGAUAAUUCAUUAACCUGUAAGACGUUUACACCAUGAACUAUGUUUUUCUGACUUUACUGAAGUCGCUGGCAUUUUUUUUUUAGAAAAGCUACUAUUCAGGGCACUUUAAGUCAGUGACAUCCCAGAUUUUUUUUGCACGUCUUUUUAAAAUAGAAAUGGUUGGUUAGCAUCCAGCAGAGUGUACCAUUAUGCUAUGGAUUGCAGCAUAAGUUGUGUUCAUGUUAAUCUUGCUUAUGCACUUGUUUGGGUGUCCUGUGCUGUACAUAGAGGUAUUCUAUCCAGUAUAAGAGCCACACUUUAAUGAAUUCAUCUAAGAAACAUUUUUCCAUGUAUUGAUGAAAUUUGUACCUUUUUCUCCCUGCUUUUUCUAAGAGAGAUCAUUUAAAGUUUACCCAUUUUGGAGGCAUAGUACUCCCAAAGUUCCUACCAUGCAGUAGUGUUUGUACAGCCUGUGCAAAGGCAAGUGGCAGCUGCAGCUGCUCUUUGCUCCCUGGGUGCUGGAAGGGUUAACACAGACCACGAUGGCACUGUGACGCCAUGGCCAGUGCUUUUCCUGGCAAGGCAGCUGUACCUGGUGGCAAGCAAGAAACCAAUAUGUGACGUUAAUUAACUCAGUCUACAUCCUGCAUACCAAUGAAAUGCUUCAAAUGAGGAUUGAUAGUUUUGACAUUUGAAUCUAAUCACUGACAUUCAGAUUCUUGCAGAGAGGAACACUGCAUCUUCAAAUGAGAAAGUUUGAUUUUACUUUUGCUCCUACAGCAUGUCAGCAUCUCAAGUUCAUUUCUUGCAACCUACACUAUGGUGAUUUGUAAUCAAGCCUCCAUGAGCUCGUGACAUGAAGUACUGUUCUGUUGUCAAGUACUAUCAAACUUUUCUGAUAAUGCUGAGUUAGGACAACCAAACAAAGCUAGCACUAAAUACCGUUUAAAAUUGUAUACCUUUUAAUGAUCUUUUCAAGUAUUUGUUACUGAAAUUGUAUAAUGUGGAGUUUACUAGGUGUUAUGUUCCAGUGCAGUGCCUCCUUUUCUUUCCCCACUGCUCUCUGUGGUGAGAAAUUUGCCUUGUUUAAAAUAAUUACUGUGCCCUCGCAUGACUGUUAAAGCUUUCUGUGCAAAGAUGAUUGUCUAAGUGCCACAUGCCUAUGAUUGAGAAAAAAAAAAUAAUCUAUUGUUACCUCUGAGUUGUGUUCAACUGAAAUGCUAUUCAACAAAUAACUUAGGAAAAAUAGUUCUAUUUUUAGCUUUUCAUAUCUCUGCUGUCUUUUUCUCAUUUUAUUUUGGCAGCAGUGAAGAAUGGAUUGUAUAAAGACUGCUUGCUAAUAUGAACAAAAUGCACUUGUAAUUCCUGGAAAUAAAUUUAAAUCUUAUAUCUUCA